GUCAUUCCCCAGCACUGGGGUACAAUAUCGACACCUCUCCUGUAGCCGUGUUCUCUUCCAACUCCAGUGUGCAAUUUGGAUAUGAGGUUCUGCAGUUUGGGGAGGGCCCUGAAGCCAGGAUCAUAAUAGGAGCCCCCGGUGAGCAGAACACCACAGGCCACGUGUACCAGUGCAAAAUGCAAAACGAAGAGUGCCAGGAUAUUCCACUCGAGGGAGGCGCUGGAGUAUCCCACCUGGGCAUGACACUGGCGAGCGACUCUCAGAGAUCUAAGAUGAUUGCAUGUGGGCCAGGAGUCGCACAGCACUGUGACAAAAAUCUCUUUGUGAGCGGGAUCUGCUAUCUGUUUGAUGCCAAACUACACGAACCCAAGAACAUAACUACAGGAUACCAAAAGUGCCUGAAAGGGGAUGUGGACCUGGUGUUCCUCUUUGAUGGAUCAGAAAGCCUGAACAGCAAGGAGUUCGACAAAAUGAAGGACUUCAUGAUUGAUGUGAUGACGAAACUACGCAACAGCACCAUCAAGUUUGCUGCUGUGCAGUUUUCAUUUGACAUCAGUAUUGAGUUUGAUUUUAAUAAUUAUACCAACGAUCCCAAUCCUGAAAGAUUGUUGGCCAACGUGGCACACAAGAAAAGUAUUACAAACACCUUCAAGGCCAUCAAAUAUGUUGCGGAAAAAGUUUUUGUUCCUGAACGUGGCACUCGACCAGGAGCAAACCGAGUAAUGGUCAUUAUCACCGACGGAGAGGCUACCGACUCAGACAAUGGAAGUGUAAAAGCUGCCAAGGACAAGAAGAUCCUGCGUUUCAUAAUUGGGAUUGGACGCCACUUCCCCAAGAACGUGACCCAAGCCAAGGUCACGAAGAUCGCCUCGGAACCCAUCAGUGCCUUCGUGAAGGUCCUCAAGAGGUUCGAGGAGCUCAAGGACAGCUUCAACGAGCUCCAGGCAAAGAUCUACGAUAUCGAAGGCACCAGUGACAGUCGCUCCUUCUACCUGGAGAUGUCAUCGAGUGGAUUCAGUGCCGACAUAUCCCACGGCCGGGUGGUCCUGGGUGCCGUGGGUGCCAACAAUUGGGCCGGCGGCCUGUUAGAGCAGCAGGAGGGUUUGGCCAAUGAAAAGUUCAUCACCGCCCCCACUGCUAAGGGUGAAAUGAAAGCAGCCUACUUGGGCUAUGCACUGAAAUUCUUGCAGCAUCAGAAGAGGGAGCUGUAUGCUGUUGGUGCCCCUCGGUACCAACAUGUGGGAAGGGUCCUGGUGUUCGAGGUCAACCCCAGCCCUGCCAACUGGACCUUAAAGCAGCAGAUUCCUGGAGAGCAGAUAGGGUCCUAUUUUGGGGCAGUCCUUUGUCCAGUGGACGUGGACAGCGAUGGUGAAACAGACCUGCUUCUCAUCGGGGCACAGCUAUAUUUUAAAGGCCGGAGAGGAGGUCGUGUUUAUGUCUACGGCUGGGCACAGGAUAAUCUUGCCCUCCAGGGGGAGCUUCAAGGGGACUUGGAGUACCCCUUGGGCAGGUUUGGAGCGGCUAUUGCUGACUUGGCGGACAUCAAUGGGGAUGGACUGACGGAUGUGGCUGUGGGGGCCCCCUUAGAAGAUGGGGAAAGUGGAGUUGUCUACAUCUACAAUGGCCACGAGAAGACUGUGCAUAUGGAGUAUACCCAGAAAAUUAACGGAGCACAGGUAUCCCCUGGCUUGAAAUUCUUUGGACGUUCCAUCCAUGGAAAGACAGACCUCAGUCAAGACGGACUCCCUGACAUUGCUGUGGGAGCUCUGGGAAAGGCCGUGGUACUCUGCUCCAGGCCCAUUGUGACCGUGGCAGCGACUGUGCAGUUCUGGCCGCAGGAAAUCCCGGUGAAAGACGUGGAAUGUCAGGGGAGUGCCGGGUCCUGGCAGGCUGUGGAGGUCAACCUCGACAUCUGCUUCAAUGCCAGUUUAGCCACCAAGCACUACCAAGGGCACCUCUCUGCCAACCUUUCCUUCUACUUGGAGAUUGACGGAAACCGGAUGAAGAACCGAGGAGUGUUCAGGAAUGGCAAGAAGGUCCUGGAGGGGGCCCGGAGCAUAUCCGUGGGAUCGGUGUGCCUUCAAGAGAAGAUUCGCAUCCCAAACUGCAUUGAGGAUUACAUCUCAAGUAUCAAGGUCUUUGUGAAUUUCUCCCUCAACGAUGACAAGGACCCUAACAAGGGAGGUCUUAGCCCUAUUCUGAACCCACUAAGCAACAGAACUACAGUGGAGAUUCCUUUUGAGAAGAACUGCGGGGAAGAUGCAGUGUGUGAGGCUGACCUGAGACUCCGCUUCCAUGCUUCAGGGUCUGAGAAGCUGCUUCUGUCUCCGGCGUUUGUCCUGAGGGUGGUCUUGGAACUGGAGAAUCUCCAAGAGGAUGCUUACCGUACAGUCCUCCACUUGCUCCACGUUCCUGGCCUCUCCUUCCGCAGAGCUUCUGUGUUGGGGAAAAGUGCUCACAUCAUGAGCUGUGGUGGGAUGCCAGUAGCGGAAGGAUUCAAGAGUCUUGUUUGCAAUGUCAGCCAUCCUGUCUAUAGGGAGCAAACACAUGUUUUGAUGGAAUUCAGGUUUGAUGUUCUUGAAAAUAGCUCCUGGGGAGACAGUGUAGAGAUGGAGGCCUAUGUCAGCAGUGACAACGAGAAGAAUGAGACCCUUCCUAACAACCGAGACAGUCUCAGCAUCCCUGUCCUGUACCCCAUCAAUGUCAUUGUCAAGGGCUUGGAGACAUCCAUUCAGUACAUCAACUUCAGUUCUGUCGAACAGGAAAACAAGACAGUGAUGCACGUUUAUGAAGUAAAGAAUGUGCCCCUGGGUGAUUUCCAACCUGCUGCAGUGACAGUGUUUGUGAAAGUGCCAACCACAUUUACUGCUGGGCUGAUAUGGGAGGUUGAUAGUGUCCAAGCUGAACCCUCUGUGACGUGUGAACUUAUUCAGCUGGACGACAACGCAGAAGAGACAAAUUCCAGCAAGGACCAUCCUCAGCUAAUUGAGCGAUGCGCUGUUGAAAAAUACUACAUCUAUCAAUGUAGCCUUGGGCAGAUAAGUCCCUCUAUAAUCCGUGUUACUGGAACAGUGUAUGCCACGAACAAAAUUGAGCAAUUCUCCCAGUCCAGCUUCUGCACAGCCUCGUGGCUCACGUUUGACAACAGAAGAUACUUCAAUCAGUAUGAUGAAUAUGCCCAGUCUCAGGUCACUACAAAGGUAGAUAUGAUUUACGUGAUGGAUUAUCUCCCUAUUAUUAUAGGAAGUGCUGUAGGAGGCUUGUUCUUGCUUAUUCUCAUCAUUGUGGGACUUUACAAGUGUGGGUUUUUCAAGCGUAAUUAUAAAGAGAAGAUGGACCAUGAAGGUGAAACUGAGGCUGCGUUCCAAGCAGAAGGCAGCCUGGAGGAUGAUGAAGAAAAAGUCCCACAGAACGGAGAAGCAGAGAGCAAAUAACCAGGGGUUGCUUCUACAUUAGCCGUUUGGUCUGGAAUGGACAAUGGUUUGAUCAAAGAAUCCAGAUGGCAGUGCUGGCAAACUGUUGCUGCCCCACAUUUCCUGACUUUUUAAAAAAUGUGACCUGUCGUGUUGGGUUUUUUUGGGUUUUUUUACAUACUUCAAUUUAACUGCAAUGCCAGUUUGUCUACGGUGGACAGUGAAAACACCACUGAAAAUCUUCAGGGCCCUUUAAAUUCUGUUCCUUCCCUUCUGCUUCUGCCUUAAUUCCUGUCCUUUCACUCAUGACCAGGAAAUCUGAGCUGUGGGUUAAUGAUUCUUGUGAGGUGGGCAUGUGUGAAUCAUUGCUUUUCUCUUUGCAGUUAAAGCCAUUGU